UCCGGCCACCAGCUCUGCCUGGCUCUAGCUGCCUCCUCUGCUCAGCAUGGCACUGCCUUGGGCCCUCGCAGUCCUGAGUCUCCUGCCUCUACUGGACGCCCAGAGCCCGGUGUGUGCCAACCUAACAGCCAGGCCCAUCACCAAUGCCACCUUGGACCGGAUCUCUGGCAAGUGGUUUUACAUCGCCUCCUCCUUUCGAGACCCCGUGUACAAGAAGGCAGCCGAGGAGAUCCAGACGGCCUUCUUUUACUUUGCUCCCAACAAGACAGAGAGCGUGAUAGAAGUCAGAGAGUACCAAACCAUCAAGGACAAGUGCAUCUAUAACUUCACCUACUUGAGUAUCCAGUGGGAGAAUGGGACCUUCUCCAGACACGAGCUGGGAAGGGAUAAUUUUGGUCACCUGCUGUUCCUCAAGGACCCCAGGACCUUCAUACUUGACUUCUACCCGGAAGAUGAGCAGAAGCGGGGACUGUCCUUCUACACUGACAAGCCGGAGGCCACCCAGGAGCAGCUGGAAGAGUUCUACGAGGCCCUCACGUGCGUGGGCGUUUCCAAGUCCGAAGUCAUGUACACCGAUUGGAAAAAGGAUCAGUGUGAGCCGCUGGAGAAGCAGCACGAGGAGGAGAGAAAGAAGGAGGAGGAGAGAGAGAAGGAGGAGGAGAGAGAGAAGGAAAAGGAGUCCUAGGAGGAUGUGGCCUUGGGUCAGGACCUUGGGGACCCAACCCGCCCUUUGUAUCGCAGCUCUUCCCCCAACUUGCAUCAAUAAAAUGUCUGCAUUUAGAAUA